AUGUGUUACUAUGGCGGAUACUAUGGAGGCCUGGGCUAUGGCUAUGGUGGCCUAGGCUAUGGCUAUGGUGGCUAUGGUGGUUAUGGUGGCUAUGGUGGCUAUGGUUAUGGCUGCUGUCGCCCACUGUGCUAUAGAAGGUACUGGUCCUGUGGCUUCUACUGA